UUUGAUCGUUUUCUUAAAUUCUAUUUUCGAACAUAUUUAUAUUAAUAGUAUACACCGUCUUAUCUUUUAUCGAAUUAAAAGACUCCACGCUUAGAGUUUGUAAAUAGAACACAGCCAGAAUUCCGAAUACGAAAAUAAAUUUCUCAGAUUCUAUUCUUGCUCCGGUGACAAGAUUAUACACUCGUACGUUCAAGAUGGCGGACGAGUUAGGAAAGCAGAUUUCGUCUCACGGUUUAUCAAAUCAUCCUUCUAAUGUGAAAAUGAAAGGAGUACCCAUUCAAAUAGUAAUUGCUAAGGAAGGACAUAUAUUUGAAUUAGAUGAAGAAGCUUUGGAAGCAAUUUUAUUACAAGAGCAUGUUCGUGAUAAACAAGUAGUAGUAGUAUCUGUUGCUGGUGCCUUUCGCAAAGGGAAAUCAUUUUUAUUAGAUUUUUGUCUUCGUUACAUGAAUGCACAAGGUGGUCCAGAUUGGAUGGGUGAAGAAAAUUCUCCAUUGACUGGAUUUUCAUGGAGAGGUGGUGCAGAACGUGAUACUACAGGUAUACUUCUUUGGAGUGAACCAUUUAUACAAGUUUUACCUACUGGAGAAAAAGUAAAUAUAUAUUUUACAUAUUUAAUUAACACCUAGUUAUUUACAGAAUAUGGAAGAUUAGCACUCCAGGAUACAAGUGAAAAACCUUUCCAGAAAUUGGCAUUCCUUGUCCGUGAUUGGAGUUUUCCUUAUGAAGCCAGAUAUGGAAUUUUGGGAGGAAAACAGUUACUGGACAAAAGGUUACAGUAGUUAUUUACAGAAUAUGGAAGAUUAGCACUCCAGGAUACAAGUGAAAAACCUUUCCAGAAAUUGGCAUUCCUUGUCCGUGAUUGGAGUUUUCCUUAUGAAGCCAGAUAUGGAAUUUUGGGAGGAAAACAGUUACUGGACAAAAGGUUACAGAUAUCUGAAAGACAACAUCCUGAACUUCAACAGUUAAGAAAACAUAUUCGCUCUUGUUUUCAAGAAAUUAGUUGUUUUCUAAUGCCUCAUCCAGGCUUGAAAGUAGCAACAAAUCCACAGUUUGAUGGACGUCUUGCAGAUAUUGAACAUGAAUUUCGAGAACAGCUGAAAGUUCUUGUGCCUUUACUUCUUUCAAAAGAGAAUCUUGUUAGAAAAGAAAUAAAUGGUCGAAAAAUUACUGCUAGAGAAUUAGUUGAAUAUUUCAAGGCAUAUGUGAAUGUAUUUAAAGGUGAUGAACUGCCAGAACCAAAAACUAUGUUAGAGGCUACAGCUGAAGCCAAUAAUUUAGCAGCUGUUGCAAGUGCCAAAGAUUAUUAUUCAUCCCAUAUGCAAAAGGUUUGUGGCGGAGACCGUCCUUAUAUAAGUGUUAGGCAAUUACAAGAAGAACACGAACAUUAUCAUGAUCAAGCCUUACAAACAUUUACUAACAUUAGGAAAAUGGGUGGUCCAGAAUUUUCAAAAAUGUAUUUAGAGCAGCUUAAUAAGGAAAUAUUAGAAACAUAUGAUAAUUUUGUGAAACACAAUGAAAGUAAAAAUAUUUUUGCUGCUGCAAGAACGCCAGCUACAUUAUUUGCCAUUGUACUUAUCACUUAUUUUCAAUCGGCGUUUUUCGGACUUUUAGGAUUUUAUUCUAUGGCAAAUUUUUUCAAUUUAGUAAUGGGUAUAACACUAUUAACUCUAUGUCUAUGGUCGUAUAUAAGGUAAGUUAAAAAAUUUCUUUUCAAUAAAAUAUUGCUG